AUGAAGUAUUCGGUUUGUGGAAUUUUCCACCACUCACAAACUACUUUGGUGACUCGGGAAGAAAUUUGUUCUUGUCCAAAUUAUGAACUUGCUAACCGUUUUCGAGAAUUUGGUUCUACUUACAAACUAAAGUUAAAUCUUUAUAAAGUUGAUGGCAAAUUAUUAGAUGUAGGCUCAGUGGUUGAGGAUGAAGAACUCAAAAUGGUAGUUACGCCAGAUGUAAGAAUAGUAGAAGAUAUUAAAACAGAUACUAAAGAGUUAUGGGAUUGA